AUGAUUGGAAACCUUGUCUUUGUGGGUGCUGCUGCUCAACAGCCCCAGAUCGCCAUAAUUCCUUCGUCAACUCCAGCUCGUCUCCCUUCCAACAUUCCUCUACGGACCCUCCCUACCCGAUCAGAUACCGACCAAGACUCCCAGGCCGUUUCGCUAUUGGGCUUUCCGGGCCACGCCGCCUCUAAUCAUCGUCGGCGGUCCUCCAGCUCCGAAUCGUCCUGGACUGACACCGGCGAUAUUGGAGAUCAACUCGGCGACGAACUCGAUCCUGUACGUCUUCAGCUGCCCGAAGAGCUUGAGCAAGAGCUCCUCGCUGGUGUGCAGAAGCGUCAGCCCAAGCACAACAAAAAGGUUCGCAUACGCGACCCCUCGCCCCAGGACUACGACCGAUCCCCCUCGUUCCCUCGAACUCUCGACAAGGAGGCCAUCGAAAUCCCCCAGAUCAAACCGCAACGGCCCUCACGCGCUCAACGUUGCAUCGGAGCCAUCAUGUCGGGGCCAUCGGGUUCCAUCCACGGCCUGACAGGCAAGGCCCUGCUUGGCCCUCACUUCAUCGACUACUUUGACCAUCCCUCCAAAGCUCACGUUGGUACCAUGGUGGCAAUUUUGGAGAUUGGCGCCUUUAUUUCAUCACUAGUUGUCGGCCGAGUUGGAGACAUUAUUGGUCGAAGACGUACCAUCUUGUAUGGAUCCUGCAUAUUCUUCGUUGGUGGCGCUUUACAGACAUUGGCAACCUCCAUGACCAUUAUGAUGCUUGGCCGUAUCAUUGCCGGUGUUGGUGUUGGUAUGCUCUCUACUAUUGUGCCUGUGUAUCAGUCGGAGAUUUCCCCUCCUCAUAAUCGCGGAAAACUUGCGUGUAUCGAGUUUUCUGGCAACAUUAUCGGCUACACAACCUCGGUCUGGGUAGACUACGGCUGCGGUUACAUUGACAGCAACUUGUCGUGGAGAGUCCCCCUCCUCAUGCAGUGUGUCAUGGGAGCGCUUCUCGGUCUUGGCAGUUUGAUCAUUGUUGAAUCUCCAAGGUGGCUUCUUGACAACGACCAUGACGAGGAAGGCAUGGUAGUCAUUGCUAAUCUUUACGGAGGCGGUGAUAUUCACAACCACAAGGCCAGAGAAGAGUACCGCGAAAUCAAGAUGAAUGUGCUUCUCCAGCGACAAGAGGGCGAACGGACCUACUCUGACAUGUUCAAAAGAUAUUCUACUCGCGUCUUUAUCGCCAUGUCUGCGCAGGCUCUAGCACAGCUGAAUGGCAUCAACGUCAUCUCUUACUACGCUCCUUACGUCUUUGAAUCUGCCGGCUGGGUUGGGCACGAUGCUGUUCUGAUGACGGGCUUGAAUGGCAUUACCUAUUUCUUGUCCACAAUCCCACCUUGGUACUUGGUAGAUCGCUGGGGUCGAAAACCGAUCCUGCUGUCCGGUGCAGUUGCCAUGACUAUUUCUCUGUCACUUAUUUCAUACUUCAUCUACCUUGAUGUCAAAUGGACGCCGAGAAUGGUAGUCCUAUUUGUCAUGAUAUACAAUGCGGCGUUCGGCUUCUCUUGGGGCCCUAUCCCAUGGCUGUACCCACCAGAGAUCCUGCCUCUCAGCAUUCGAUCCAAGGGUGCCAGCUUGUCCACAGCCACAAAUUGGGCGUUCAAUUGGCUGGUUGGAGAAAUGACACCAAUUCUGCAGGAAUGGAUCAAGUGGCGACUCUACCUUGUUCACGCUUUUUUCUGCACAGUCUCCUUUGUGAUUGUGUAUUUCGUCUACCCCGAGACUUGUGGCGUGCGUCUCGAAGAAAUGGAUUCCAUUUUUGGCGAUGCUAGCACUGUCAUGGGUACACCAUCCAUCCAUGCCGACACCGAAUCCCUCAUACGUGGUGGCUCGCCGGGACCGUCCAGAGACUUUCCCGGAAUGUCGCUUGAUGCUGCCGUAGAAAUAGACGACGAUCGAAAAUCACAAAUCCAGACCAAUGGAGGCGAGGACCGAAGCAUCGGCGGCUGGCUCUCUAGAGUGGUGGCUCGCGGCAGAUCACCGAGCGUCCGCAGCAGCCAAGGUCGAUAUGCUCCCUUGGGUCAGGAAGAGAGCCAGCGCAAUGAUGAGUGA